AGGAAGCAGUAUGGCGUGAAAAUAGCAAGACGUUUAAACUUGUUGGAAAUUUAAAUGGGGUGUGAAACUGACAAGAUAUGUGAACAGGAUGAUUUUAUAACCUGUGCUUCUUUAUCAUUUGGAAGGUUUUGAUGAAAGUUGGGAGUGAAAAUGGACGCGGGACGGAUGAUGAUCAACGAUCAGGUCAUCCUAGAGGAAGAUUACGACGAGAACUAUCAGCCCGGUGAAGAUGAAAUCGUUGAGUAUUCCCAGAUCAUUGGUAUUGACCCUCGUACAGAGCCCCACCUGCUGUGGAUUGCAAGGGAGGGAAUCAAUGCACCACUGCCGGAACACUGGAGGCCGUGCCAAGAUCCCAAUGAUGACAUCUACUACUUUAACUUUGCCUCGGGAGAAAGUAUCUGGGACCACCCAUGUGAUGAGUUCUACAGGAAAAUGGUGGCCGAGGAACGCAAGAAAUAUAUCAUGGGUGGAGGGUCAAGGUCAGGACCUGGAGGUCAAGGACCCGGAUCUGCAGGAGGGAAGAAAGGCAAACUGGGAAAAGAUGAUGGAAAGAAGAAAAAAGACAAACAAAACAAGCAAUCUCCACUAAAACAACUGGGUCCGUUAAAAGCUGAGCAGAGCCUGGGUACACCGUCCCUUCACCGGGGAGGCCCUGGUCCAGGGAGUGGGUUGGAACCAAUGAAGUCCGGGGGAUCACUGGGACCCCUUAGGGGUUCUACAGGUACCAGUCAACCGAUGCGGUCAAGCAUGAACACAACCACAGGGUCGUUCAGGUCUGGUCAGGCGGUAAACCUGAGUAAGAGUGGGAACCUGACGAGUAGUAUGAGUAUCCCUAUCUACUCGGUGGAGUUUGAGGACGAGGAGGGGGACCAUGAAAGGCCGGUACGUCACAGUGUGGAACUGGAGAUCCACGAUGUAGCUGGGCUGGGAUACGAGGAUUCUGACAGCGACAAGGUUGGCCACAAGGAAUCAGACAGUGACAGUGAAGACUACGGCAAAGACAUUGACUUUGGUAUUGACAAUAAUUUAUCAGAAAGAAUAAUGAACUUGGGCACAGAGAACUUGGACCCUGUCCGGGGCUCUCUGGAGAAGUUACAAGAUUUCGAUCCCACCAUGUCAGCCUUGUCCACGGCGAGGGGCGACUCACCUGGGGGUAACGUGAGCCCCCUCGACCGACCCACAGCAGAUGACAGAAAGAAACGGGCAGAGGUAGCUGCUUUGGCUGCUGAAAGUCCUAUUGGAAGCUCUAGACGUCUCACCCGACAGGAUUCGGCAGAAAUGCCUACGCGGGCGGAACAAGACCGCUUUUUGAGGGACGAGGAAAGCAAAAUCAACCUAAGCAAUGACCGAACGCUACAGGACUUAAAACAGAGGCUGAAGAAGGAGCUAGAGAACGCCAAGCUUGACCUGUUAGAGGAUAAAGAUCGAAAGUUGCGCAAACUGAAAGAGGAGAUAGCACUGGACCAGGAUACAGAAGAAACACGACUGAAGCAUGAAAAAGAGCAACAGUUUAAUGAGUUGGAAACUCAGAUUAAGUCUGAUUUAGAGAAAGAAAAAAACUCUCUAGAUGAAGAAAAGGCUGCCACACUUGAACGUUUACUUGAGGAAAUGAAGGAGCAUCAUGCUCAGGAGGAGGAAACUCUGCGGAAACAAAUGGAUGGAGACUUGGAAAAGCUUCGAGAAGAAGUAAGGUCACUGCAGAAGGAAGAGCAGAGCCGAUUGGUCGAGGACAAACAUAAGAUACUGGAGCGUUUGAAAUCUCAAGUUGACUCCGAGACGUUGGAGGAGCAGCGUCGCCUGGAGGAACAGAAGAGGGAACAAUUUGAGGCACUUCAGGCCAAACAAAGACUAGAACUGGAAAGUAUGACAGAAGAAGCAGAGCGGAAACAUCGCGAUAAGGUCGACCAAGUCAAGCGUGAAUCAUCGGGCAGACACGAGAAGGAGCUUCAGCGCAUUAGAGAAGAACUUAAACAUGUUCACGAACAGGAGAGGGAGGAGAAAGAACAAGAGCUGGAGGCCGCUAAACAGCGCCAGAAGGCUAUAGACGACCUGGACCGAGGGCUGGAUGAGGUGAUGUCCGAGCGACGACAGGACAUACAGCAGCAGCAACAGAAAGAGUUGUCCCGCCUUAGAGACGAGCAUGACAACGCCAUCCGAAAACUCCGAGAGGAGUUCCAAGAUAAGGAGCGAAAGGAAAGACAACUCUUAGAUGAGAAAAUUGAGAGUGAGGUUCGGAAGCUGCAGAAACAGAGUGAACGAGACCUGGAAGAAGCACGACGAAAAUUUGAAAGGAAACGAGAAUCGAUGGCGGAACAACUUGAGGAUGAGCAUAAACAGCAGCUGAAAGAGCAGAAACACAAGCUCCGGCGCCAGACUUCUAGUCUAGAUAGAGAGGAGGAAGAAUAUCAAGAAAAAAUAGCUGAAUUUGAAAGAAAAAAGACAAACCUAGAAAAGUCUGCAAAGAAUUUAGAUACUCAGGAGAAGAAGUUGGAGGAGAGAAGAAAGAAAUUUCGAGAAGAUAAAGAUAACUUUGAGUUGGAUCAAGAUGAGGCAUUCUCCAGUAAGAACAAUCAGCUAAGUACACGGGAGUUGGAGAGGCUGAAGGAAGAACGGAAACAGAUCCAGGAAGAAAUAACAACAGAGAAUGACACACUGGAACAACUCAAGACAGAACGCCGCACCAUUGAGUCGGACAUCACAAAAAUGAAGAUGACACGAGAAAAUAACACCAGGAAACUCAAUGACAUGAAGGAACGCAUGGAGCGUAAGGGCAAGGACCUUGACAGCUUACAGCAGAGGAUCAUUGAUGCUGCUGAUGAGACUAAGUCUCUUGCUGAAGAGAGACUACGGGCCAGCAGUGCUGCUAGGUCACAUGGCACACCUGAUAUAAAGGCCACACCCACACGGCGCACGCCAAUGGCAGGUUUACUCAGCGACGACGAAAUUAUCAGUGAUAUUCCUCCAAAAAGACGUGGCAAGAAAAUACGAUAUUUGGAUGAUCGCACAGACGAGGAGGAUGUAUCGUCAUUUGGAGGACGUGUUUGGCAGGAUCUUCUGUCAGAUGACGACAGCCUUGAUGAGUUUCCUAUCGCCAGACAUGUUCCACACAGAAGUGGUGAACUCAAAGAACACUUCUCCAAAGAGAAAAGUGCAAUUAAUACUACUAAAGAGUUCCUGCGCAAACAUAGACAAUCUUUAAAACGGCGACAGUCAGCGCUUCAGGCAGCACGUCAGGAGCUUACCAAAGACAUUGUGAAACAACGACAAGGGAACCUGUCACCAGAUAGCGCCUUUGUGCUGGCGGAUGUGAAACAGAGCCUUGAGAAAGAGGAGCUUGAGCUGGACCAGAUUGAGUCCCAGAUGAGGACGGGCAGCCGCCUCGUCAGGGAAAAGGAGAGACGUCUACGUCAACUCAAGUCCCAGGUCCACACGGGAGCUGGUUUACAUCAGUCAGAGAGUGACAGUGACCUGGAUUAUUCACCAUUUGAACACAACUACCGUCCUGCUGGUAUGCCUAACCUUGACCUCAGUGAGGACGAAGGCAGUAGUGGUAUCAGUAGCAAUGACAAUAGUCUCGACAACGUCAUCAGGGCACUGACAAAACAAAACAACCAACACCAGUCCUUGGGGCCUCUUACUGUGAAAGUCAAACAAGAUGGUGAUCCCAUCGCAGCCUCACUCCUGAAAAUUAACACUGAGCUUGCUCAUAUCAUUACAAAGAUUGGCACCAACAGUGCUCCAGGCACACCUAUGUUGGGAACACAAGGUUCAGGUGAAGGAAAAGCCUACAGCAUACCUCUGUACACUCCUCCCCUUCAGUCAACCGGUGUGUACAGCUCAGCCAUUGUACCUCACAGUCAACCAAUACAGGCCUGGGCUCCUCCUAAUCCCUAUAUAAACAGCCCAUCACACCAUGUUGACUACGCUUCCCUCGUCGUGUCAGCUGAGCAGUCCUUGGAACGUAAAUGGAGAAAGUACUUUGGAGACAGGCGACCUCCCCUUACUAGUGCUUCUUUACCACCAGGGGGUGCUCCUGUAGCCUUUGGCCACAAUUCAGUCCGGGACCAGCUACGACAGUAUAGGAUGACCCUACAGGACAACCUGACUACCAACCCGGCCAGUAGUCAGUCUACUCAGGAUAAGCUCUCCGAACAGAAACGCUGGCUUCAGAAGUUUGGCCAAGACAUCAGCUUCGGAGCAUCUUUUGUCAAAGCUCCCGGCUCCGAUGCUGGAUCUGUGAGGAGUGUUGGUGCUGGAUCAAUCUCCAGCUUGAAAAUGGCUGACCCAACGAUUUCUUCGACACCUCAACGAUCUGUUCCAUCGGGCACUGCCCGACUUGAGUUGGACGAGUAUGAUGAAAUCCGGGUCCGACAUCUCAACUUUAACACAUAAGAUAUAAUACAAUGACAUUUUGUAUGAUAACCUGGUUAUCAACAUAAGCCAUCUACGUUCUUUAGAGCAGACAAAAGUAAUGUUUAUCGAUACCAUAGGAUAGUUAGCUAUUUUUGCAAAUUCAGAUUUGUCAUCGUUUUGUUUGAAAGUGAUAACAAAUGAUGACUUAUCAUCUUUAUUUGAUUGACUUGUAAGAGAUGCAGUGGUACGUACAGAAAGCUGACAGUUGUGGUUGUUUUCUAAGAGAGAGAGAGAGAGAGAGAGAGAGAGAGAGAGAGCAGGGCAUUGUAACAGUGACAUGAGACACAUCAGUUUCAUGAUGUUGAUAUCAGCAUUAAAUGUAACAGGUGCUGACCAUUUUUAUCAUUUUUGUUAUUAUCAUAUAACUCAUUAUUGGUUAACUGCAGAAGGACCCGAAGAAAAUCAUCUGCAAUUAUAUCACCGUAAUUAUCUGACUUGUCUCUGUUUAAGAAUGGUUAUAUAUUCAUUGAACUUUUGUGUACUUUGAAGUUUGAAGAGCCGGACAAAAUGGCGACAUUUGAAUGCUGUUACAUGCCACGUUUUGUGAGGUGUGUUUUGAAGCUCUGAGCUUGCGUAUGUAUUGGGUGUAAGUGUUUGUUAAAAGUCAUAUGUAAUUAUAGUGGAGCAGUAUCAUGAUUGGAAUAGUUCAAACACAUUAAACAUACACAGUCUAGCCUUUAUCUGGGGCCAUAUUGGGACCGAUAUUUGGCCAUUUACUAAGGAAAACAAUGCUAUAAUUUUAUUUCCCAAAAAUCUUUUCAAUAUUUCACAAUCUCAAAGCAGUUUUUCUUUUGCGGCUUAUAUGGAGAAUGCAACAAUAUCUGAAUUGAAAUUAUCCUUUAGUUGAUACUUUUCAAACUGGUGUAAUUCCAGAAGUUACCCAAUUCUUCUACCAGACAUUUCCCCUAAAUCUCGAACCAUGGUUCCCAUUCGUGAAACACUGAGUAAAGCCCUGGGAUAGGAAAAUGUCGAUGAAGACCAUAUGUGUAUAACCAAUUUAUAAUGAAUACCUCAAAAGGCGUCUCCAAUAUAUCAAGUCUAUAAAAACUGUUUAAUAAGAAAAACUUUUAUUCUGUAGCUUCGGCAACGAUAUUGUAUUUUUUUUUAAAUAAUUAAUUUUAGUUUAUAGGAACUGAUGAUACCGAUGUUAAAUUAGCUUCUACUUUUUAAGAAAGGUAGUUUCUUAAGUUGUUUAUAUUCAAAUUGUAUCAUUAUUAAGCCAAAUGUUUAUAUCUCAGAAAAUUCUAUUUCAUAUUUUGUAAAAAGAUAUGACGAUUUUGUUUGUCUUUACCCAGAAUAUUGGUUUUAUUUCAUUUUUGAUAUUCACCAAGCCUUGUAACUGUGAUAAUAAUCUAUGUCAUACUAUGGUAGUACUGAGAAAAAAGGCUUGUAUCAUAAACUUAUUUAUCUCCCAUAGUGCACCCUUCCAGCCCAUUGGUUUCGGUUGAAUACCUCCACGUGCUGAAGUUACUCCUUGGACUAAUUUUAAUUUGUGUUAUGGGAGAAAGUGAGAUAGAUGAUUGAGGAUGAUAUUAAUUACAUGAUUGAUUUUCCCAUUAAAACUGUUUUUAGUUUGUAGUCCAAUGUCCGUCUAUGCUUUGUCAACUUUUCGUCUUCAGAACUUAAAGAGGAGUAACAUUGUACAUGUAGCUUGCUGAUGUGAAGUGCCAUCAUUUUCGUUCUUAUCAAUGCACCCGUCUCAAAUAACCGAAAACAUUUUCUGAGGAACUAUGAUGCCUAGAUUAAUGAUAUUAGGCCUCUUCGCAAAUUGGAAUAAUAACGAUAUGCAAAUUCACAGAAUCUCAUAAUUAUCGUUUCACCUUGGCAUGUAUUAAUUAUUCAUUUGAAGUAUGAGAAAGUACCAGGCAAGUUGUCUAGGUUAGUUGACCUCAAUUUUCCGAUAAUUUUGAAAGAUCUGUCUUAAUAUACUUCUAACUUUUGUGAACCAUCGUGAUACUGUUAAGAACUUUUAAGAACCUUUUUAUAAAUCUGACUUUUCCCUGUUAGUAUAGCGAUUGGUCAAGAAUCGCCUGUACAGAGUUUCAUUAAUUUAAUAACUUACAAACACAAAUGGUCUUGUCAAGACCAGUAUUAACAGUCUCUUUUUGGUAAUGCAAACGUAGCUUAUUUUAAGCAGAACUUUUAGAAGAAGAAACACGAUUAAGAUCACGAUGGAAUAUGUGAUGUUAACAUCUCGGGACGAGAACUGAAGUGUAUUUUAUUUCAUUGUGAUGAUCCCUGUAUUUGUGUUAACGUCCAGUAAUAUAAAUAUGUUCUUAUUUUUCGUUUAUUGAAAAAGAAAUCUUCCAAUUAUCUUACAACUUGUAUCUCAUUGAUUUUGUCUGUUUUCUGUGAACUUUGAAAAUUCUGAAGACUUGUCACUACCUCAAGUUGAUGAAUUGGUACAUUUUUACUCAUUGUGUUUAAUAAAAUUAUUCCAUUCGAGUGAGCAAAAACAAAAAGCUCUUACAUGGCGUUGGCAAAUAACUCAUUUCAGGAAGCAUGCACCUAUUUCUAUUGAAGCAAAGAAAACUGUUUAGAAAGAUAUCCACGCGUAUGAGAAAAGAAAUAUUACAUACAUUGUCUUAAAAUAUUUUUGUAUUAGACCGUUAUAGGAUUGGUAUCGGGUAAUAUGCCCGUCUGUUUGUGACAGAAGUUUAUGUUGAAAACACGCACAGAUUCUAUCUAAAUUUCAUAAAACUCCACAGAUGUAAAUGUUAUACUGGGAAAUUGCGUUUCAAUUGGUAUAUAUGCUCUUUAUGCAAGAUUUUAGCAGCGGAUACUUUCUACCACAGUUUUUAUCCAAAUGUAGUGUGAACUUCACAUUUAUAAUUACCACACUUAAUUAUCCAGUAUUUUCCUGAGAGUUUGCCUCCAUUUUCUAGCCUGUAUAUUAACUCAACCUUUAAAAUUCAAGUUCUACCAUGGCUUAAAAGUGGAAUUUCUUCCAAAAUAAGUUGACAUUUUUAUUGCUUGUCCUCAUAUGAAACUUCAACCAAUAAUCUAGUUUAAUAUAGAAGCAUUUCCACAAAUCUCGUCAGUCAACACAAUUUACUCAAUUUUAUAUUUGUAAACUAUGCAAUAUCAUAGUCAUAUACUUUGUAAAAUAAUCAAUAAAAUGUAUAUUUUGU